AUGAAGCAGCCAGAAGCCCAUCAAUCCGAGUUCGUCGAGACUGCCACCCAUGGGGAACAGGAUGCCCUGGGCCGCGCCGUCCAGCAGCAGGAGAAGAAUCGCACAUGGUGGCAGACUUUGCGCCAGGACCCAUGGUUGUUGCUCUGGGCUGGCGUGAUGCUCUGGACACUCAUCGUCCGCGGGUUCGAGAGCCAGGCAUCCGGCAGCGUCAUCAGCAUUCCCGUCUUCAAGGAGAGAUUCGGCAAGAUCAACGAGGACGGCAGCUACUUUAUCGAGACGAAAUGGCAGUCAGCUCUGGGCGGUGGUGCUACAGGCGCUAGCAUCGUCGGCUCCAUCGCUGGCUCGUGGCUCUCUGACAAGUAUGGCAUCAAGCCGGUCGUUAUUGGUGCCACAGCCAUCAACAUUGUCUCUGUCGGCAUUGAGUUUGCAUCCACCUCGGUCGCCAUGUUCUUCGGUGGCAAGAUGCUCAACUUUGUGGCCAUUGGCAUCUUCCUCACCACUUGCACCAGCUAUGUCUCCGACAUUGCUCCUCUGGCCAUCCGCGCCACCCUCAUCGGCUUCUGCAACCUGUCGCAGUGCAUUGGACCCUUCAUCGCGGCCAUUAUGGUCAAUUUUACGUCCUCCUGGAAAACAGAUUGGGCGUGGAAGUCCUUGGUCGCUACACAAUGGGGCUUCGCUGCCAUCGGCUUGGUCGGACAACUCUGCAUGCCAGAAUCGCCUGUGUACCUGGUUGGAAAAGGCAGGGCGCAGGACGCGCGCAAGGUGCUCGAGCGCAUGUACUCGGACCCUCGCGACGCCGAGGCUCAUCUGGAGCGCAUCACGCUCACCCUCCGCGAGGCCGAGACGCAAGACUCCAUGUCGUAUCUGGACUGUUUCAAGGGCACGAACCUGCGGCGCACCAUGAUCAGCGUCUUCGUCUUCAUGUCGGAGGCCAUGUCCGGCCUUGGCUUCAUCUCCAACUAUGGCGCUUUGAUGUACCAGUAUCUCGGCAUCAGCGACGCAAAGUCUUUCCAGCUGCAGAUCGGCGGCCAGAUUCUGUCCAUCUCGGGCGCCGCGAUUGCGCUGCUCCUGUCUGACUUCAUAGGUCGUCGCCCCAUGUUCAUUGCCGGCUGUGCGGGACUUGCUGGUCUCUUGCUGUGCAUGGCCAUCUCCGGCAGCGUGAGCACCAGCGCGGCCGUGACGGCGUCUGUCGGCUUCUACACCAUGUUCAACUUUUUCUACAACGUCGGCGUUGGCUCUACCGUCUACGCAAUCGCAGGCGAGAUACCGACCUCGAUCCUUCGAGCCAAGACCCUCGCCAUCGCGUUGUCUACAUCCAACGCCCUCAACACCUUCUGGUCUUUUGUGUCGCCUCUCAUGUUCAAUCCGGGGUACGGAAACCUCAAGGCAAAGAUUGGCUUCGUCUUUGGCGCCAUCAUGCUGGUCUUUGUCGUCCUCGCGUACUUUUACGUGCCAGAGACGCGCAUGCGCAGCUACGAGGAGUUGGAUGAGCUCUUCAUGAACCGUGUGCCAAGUCGCCAGUUCAAGAAACACGUUACCGUGGCGGAGCAGAGGGCAGCUGAGGCCUACGAUGAGAAGCACGGCUUGAAGGGGGGAGAGAAGGCCAAUGUGUAG